GCGGACCCUACCUCUUCGACGUCGACCACGACAACAUGAACUAUCUCCGAGGCGCUGUCAAUGCUAUCAGUGCCCCGUACCAGUACUACAAGGAUCUUCCUCCGAUAAAUCCCUCUACCCUCACCGGCGCCAUAGACGUCAUUGUUAUCCAGCGACCCACCGACAACGGCUCUACUGAACUUGCAUGUUCUCCCUUUCAUGUUCGGUUCGGUAAACUCCAAGUUCUACGACCAUCCGAUAAGAAGGUAAAUGUAUCUGUUAAUGGACAUCCGAUCCCCUUCGACAUGAAAAUUGGAGAGGCAGGGGAAGCAUUCUUUGUCUUCGAGACCGAUGACGAUGUUCCGGACGACCUUAUCACCUCGCCUCUGCUCAGAGCGAAGACCGAACAGCAAACAGAGGACACCACAGGUUCUGCUCCAGGUGGGUCGGAUGCAAAAAAGAAGCAGGAUGAACAAUCAGAGCCAGAUUAUCUCGAUUUGGAUGCCACGGGCAGUGGUAGUGGCUCAUUACCUUCUCCACCGCUGACCCCAUCUCGUUCCAACGACAAGCAGCCGAAUUAUCCAGAUGAUGGGACUGCGGCAGAAAGAGACCAAGAUAAACGUGCAGAUGCUGUAUUGAAGCGCAAGACUGGAGAGGAAUUAUACGUUCCUCAUGUUUUGCAUCAGGAAGGUGUUGCAAUAGAUUGUGAAGGGUAUCAUUCACAACCACGACACAAACACUCUCGUUGUCAUGAUCAUUAUGAAUCAUUGCACCAUGGUCGAGAAAGGUCCGACCGGACUGUCCGUGCUACGAACAAUAUCUAUGAAGAUUCUGACUCAGAUUCAGCCGAUGACGGGCAACCCCAGGCAUUUACCACCGGCCACGGACUGCAUUCAGAGCACUCAAAAGCCCCCGCUGAAAGCGACAGCGAUCCUUCAUCGUCAUCCGUGCCUUUUCCGUCCUACCGUGCCACGUCUGAACCACCUCCAGAGACAGAUUCGGCUGAUUUUCAACCUCCAAAGGUUACAUAUCCAUUCACACCUUCUCCCGACACUCCCAAUGACAGCACGAUGAACUUGAUGAUACCAGAUUUCACCACUAGCUCCAGUGAUGAGUUUCUCCCUACGGCCACACCGAAGCCACGACAUAGAGGCCUUCCAAUGAUACAGCUACAACUGCCACCACAAGAGUACUCUUGGGAGUGGGGUGGAUUUCCUACACCGUCUCCCAUGAAGACGUCGUUUUCAUUUGGCAAGAGUGGCCGCCCCGUCAAUAAAACCAUAGGGGCAACGGCAGGACCAAAUAGAACAGGUGGCCAUCACGCGAGCAGCUCUGUAUCCAUGAACGUGUCUACAUGGUCGAGAAGUAGUACGUUAGACAUGGAAAAUAGCAAUGGAAGCGUGGAUAAAGGGAAGGGAAAGUUACGCACAAUUUUUGGCGACGGCUUUGCGUUGGACCCGGUAACCGAAGGCGAACGUGUGGAAGUGGGUGAAGGUGCUGAUUCGGAUCCACCUGAUGUCGGCGGGAGUAGGAUGAGUGGUGCUGGGAGGAGCAGAAGUGUCCCACCUGGAUUAGAGGGUUCUCCGACUAGCGUAAGACGUCGAAGAAGGAGUUUGAGUUACGAUGGCGAUGAAACCGGUACAGGCUCCACAUGGCGGAGGGCCGGUGAAGAUGCGACCUUAGACUCUACAAGAGGGUAUGGAGCCGGGGGUCUUCUCAGUGCGAGUAGGUCUGAUCCAACUAGGUUCCGUGUAUUCAUCGAGGGGCAGAUGGUAGAGUUCGAAUUGAGCCUGGUCGAACACAAACCCACUACCCAACAGCAGGACGAGGAUGAGGAAGAACCCCGCGGUAGGCAGAUCACGAUAGAAGGCGGUAGAAAGAAGUCUAAGUCAAGAGUAUUCUCACCUGAUGGCCGGUGGACCGGUAUCGAUGAAUUUGAGAUGACAUGGUUGUUUGAUAAGAGGAGAAUUGACUUCGAGCAAUUUCUAAAUGAUGAGACUAUAGUCAGGGAUCCUCGUUUAGUCAUUCGGUGGACGGGUGAAAAAUAUAUUUCGAGGCGUGAUGAAUCACCUCUCAUGGAAGCACUUGUACUCUGGCGCGAUGCCUGCGUUAAAGUCCGAGAAACUGGCUGGACUCGGCCUUCAUCUCCUCUCUCCGACGACGAGGUAAUAACUCCUACCUCAUCGGCAAUGACUACCCACUUCACAAUAACCCAGCCUACGUCAGUUUCCUCGUCGGACACUGAUGGUGGUAGAGGGCAGGAUCGCGUCAGGAUUGAUCGUUCCCAAUCCGAACCCCCCCAGUCAGUUAAGGAAACGCAAGAAACUUUUUCUACUAAGAGGCCCCCAACCUCGACUUCGUGGGUUCAAUGGUGGAGUAGGAGUCGCACGAAAACAGAGGAUUCUACCAUGACUGCCGCUCCUGAGCUCCCUUCACCAUCCAAACGACCGGAAUUGAAAGAAGCGUAUUCUGCACCACCAGUCCCAGCUAUUUCUGAUCUCAUCCCUAGUGUCUCUGUGGCACUAUCUCCUCCAGGAUCUGCACCUGCGCUGCCCUCUACCCCAGUACAAAAACCUGUAACCACUGAAACAGUACCGAAAACUCAGACACCAAAGAAGUAUGUGAAGACUUUAAGAUUGAGCUCGGACCAGUUGAAAUCCCUCAAUUUGAAACCGGGACCAAAUCCAAUAACUUUUUCACUUUCGAUUACCGGUGCUGUGGCUUGUACAGCUAGGAUAUUCGUGUGGGAUUCGACGGACCAUGUUGUAAUUUCUGACAUUGACGGUACUAUAACCAAGUCCGACGGUCUUGGGCAUGUCUUCGCGAUGAUUGGUCGUGAUUGGACACAUCUGGGUGUUGCAAAAUUGUACACCGAUAUAACUCGAAACGGGUACAAGAUCCUUUACUUGACGUCUCGUGCAAUUGGGCAGGCGGAUGCGACAAGGGGUUAUCUGAAGGGCAUCAAACAAAACGACUAUCAGUUACCUGAGGGUCCGGUAAUCAUGAGUCCAGACCGACUGAUGACGUCUCUGCACCGUGAGGUGAUCAUGCGAAAGCCGGAAGUGUUCAAGAUGGCAUGUCUUCGAGAUAUACAAAGGCUGUUUGGAGAAGCGACAAGAAAUCCUUUUUACGCUGGUUUUGGUAACCGUAUCACGGAUGCAUUAUCAUACCGCAGCGUCAACGUUCCAAGUUCAAGAAUCUUCACGAUCGAUUCGGCUGGGGAGGUGAAAUGCGAGCUAUUGGAAUUGGCUGGAUACAAGUCUUCGUAUAUUCACAUGACGGACCUCGUUGAUCAAAUGUUCCCUCCGAUUCACCGCAAAUGGGCACCAGAGUUUACGGAUUUCAAUUACUGGAAGACCCCUGUGCAAGAGUUCCCUCUACCUGAUUUCUCACCACCGUCGCCAACAUUGAGCGCUAGAUCUGAUACAUCGAAUCAGAGCGCGUUGGCAAGAUUGAGGAAUUUCAGCCUUGUUGGAAGCCGACAGGCAUCUAUGCAAAUGAAGACUGUCAAGGACAAUGCGCAAACUAAGGAAACGCCGGACUAUGACUACCAAGAUUCUGAUCUACAGCGGAUGUCGUCGUUCGAGAGAUUGAGUAAUACGUUAGGAUUCUCGUCUAGUCGAAGCGUCAGUCCUGAACGACACUCUUCGACGCCGAGCACCUGGGAUUCGGAGUCUGAAGAUGAGGACGGGAAUGUCAAACGGACGAGGCGACGGAGUAUGACUAGCAUGCCCGGAUCAUUGGAGGACAUGCAGUUUGGGAUGGACGACGAAGAGGGUGAGGAAGCGCAUCACCAAAACGCUGAGGAUGAAUAUGAUGAAGAAGAUGGUCAUGCGGAUAUGAUAGAUGAAGAAACUGCGGCUGAAGAGGCAUUUGACGAAGAUAUCCUAGCUGCUGGAGAAAUGAAGAAUGUGCCGUUCUUGUGAUUGGACACAGAGGCAUAGACACUAUCAUUAUAUCAUUGCGUUAAUAGUAGUAUAGCUUGUAUACUUAAUUUUGGGUUGUCGGAGCAAUAGAGCUUCACACACAAGGUAGUAAGUAGACAUUCAACCCACAAUAACCUGGGUGCGGGGUUACCAUGUCAGACGGUGCCGAGUUCAAUAAACUGCCUUCGAGGUUA